AUUUUCAUCGGAUAAAAUGUUUUGUUCCAGAUUUUUCUUUCCUUGGUUUCCUGAAAGAGAAGGGUAUUGAUGUAAAUGAUAAUCUGGAUGCCAAUCAAGUGUCUGCCUUGAUAGAGAUGUUAUCCAUUGGAAAUUUGUUGAAGGACACACAAUGUUCUACUUCUCUUGCUCCUUACAGUGGACACACACAUGGUUGGACUAAUUCAUGUGGGCAGUCUAUGGCAACUCUUCCCACUAUAUCAGGUGCUGCAUGUAAUGUUGGCAGUGAUUGUACAACUGUUUACUGUUGUUUGUCAGACACUAGAAUCGGCACAAGUUUUGAGACAUUUGUGAAAUUUGACCCAUGUCUGUUCAGACUUCAUGUUGGAAUAGAAAAAUUAACAUUCAAUACACUCUUAUUUGAUUAUGAGUGGGGUCAGUUGACUGAAGUUUGGUUAUUUGGAUAUGUUAGAAUGGAAUUUACAGUAAGAGACUUGGAGAUGGAGGGAGAUUAUUUGAUUGACAUGAAACUUCAGAUUUGUCGUGAGUCAGAUACAGAAACUACACCAUGUGGAGUUAACAUUGUAAUUUUUGACAAAUACAGACUUCCUAAAUUGUCAUGUGACUGGAAUUCAGGAUUAUAUACAGGAUUCCGAGGAUUGGCAACAUGGCUGACAGACAACAGUGUAAUCAAGAAAGAACCUCUGAGGGGACCAGAAACAUUCAAGUUAAUGUCUGACGCUGGCAUCGCAGCCUAUCUGUAUGAUCCUCCAUGUGAUCAGCUGGGAAGUACCUAUUAUAGAAAUGUUGGAGGUGUCAAGAAUGAUUGUGGAAUGCCUGUUUCUGUCCCUGUUCUACAACCAGGAGUUGUCUGUACUGUUACCACGGAUACAUGUACUGGUUUGAACUGUUGUAUCACCAUUCCACUAACAUACAAGACAAUGAACUUUCGUAUCAACAUAAACCAUUGUUACCAGGACAUUACUGUUGGAUUGGAAUCAAUGUACAGACAAUAUAAAUUACUGGACUACGCUUUUGGUACCGUGGAACAUUUCAAUCUCAGAGGAGUGUGUAGAAUGGAAUACAAAAUAGAGGACUAUAUUGGAGAGAGAGCUUACUUGGUGGAUAUCAGCUUUUCCUUCUGUUUGGAGACAGGAAGUUGUGAACUUACAGAAACUAUCAUUAAGGGUGUCAAGUUCCCUAAAAAGAAAUGUACAUGGGAUGAUACAUAUAGGGUGAAGGAUUUUUCACUGGAUCAGUGGAGUAGGGAGAGAACUAUUGACACAACACAAGUGUACCCAGCUUAUUACAUCUCAGAACUUCUUCAGAACUUGGACUUAACCAGAUACUUCCAGUCAUCACAGUGUAGCCGAUCCGUGUCACCGUAUGAUUCACCAACCAAUGGCUGGAAAAAAUAUUGUUCUGACACAGAAGUCGUAGCCAUUUCUACCAAUCCAAUAUCAUGUCUGCUGAAGUCAGACUGUGCUGGUAUAAGCUGUUGUUUAGAUGAAGUUUUUAUCAACAAGACUUUUGAAGUGUUCUUUGAGAUAAACCACUGUGAGAGAAAGAUAUACAUUGGAAUAGAAAAACUGAAAUUCCAUAUUCCACUACAUGACUUUGAAUUUGAUAAAUGGCAUGAAUUCAGUUUAGUAAAGACAAUUCGCAUAAGGUACAAUAUAUAUGAUCAAUGGAGUGAAGGAGUAUAUAUGGUAUCCUUGGCGAUAUCAUCCUGUUGGGAGAUGUAUAGUAGAUGUGCUUGGACCCAGUCUGUACUGGACUAUGCAAGGUUUAAAAAGCAGACGUGUGCUUCAAAGAUGUUAUACAAGAAUGCAGCCUUCUCUCUGUCUACUUGGGCCACUUCUAACAACAUAGACAAGGAUGCCAUGAUUGAAACAGACCUCAUACGACUCUACGAUGAACUGGACGUUGCUUGGUAUCUGAUGAACACAUGUGACUUUGCAUUGUCUCUUUUUAUAGCUGAUGGAUGGAAUAACACUUGUGGUUCGACCUUUAACAACUUGCCCAUGUUAUCUAGUGGUAGUGCCUGUUAUAUAUCUGAUGUAUGUACAGAUGUAAGAUGCUGUGUCUCUGUACCAUUUUUGGGUAACCAUACAUUUGAUUUCUCACUUAAUUUGGAUGGAUGUACACAAUACAUGGAGAUUAGUUUGGAGAAUUACAAGGAAAAAUUCAUGUUAAGAGACUUUACCUUUGGAAAGGAGGAUUAUUUGUGGAUUAAAGGAGUAUUCAGACUAAAGUACACAAUAGAUGAUUUGCCAGACCAGAAUCUGUACAGGGUAUCUGUUAUGUUUGAGGUGUGUACCACCAAUGGUGCAUCAUGUGAGUACAGCCUUACAGUAAUGGACAGUGUAGAACUACCAAGAUCUUCAUGUCUCCCACAUUGGGGUUAUGGAUAUGCUAAAGUUGGUUUUACAAAGGAACAAUGGAAGACAAGCCAAGGCCUUGGAGAUGAUGCUAUACUGAACUCCUGGCAGAUUGCCAAAAUAUUGGAAGACACAGAAGUAGCUUUCUACCAAAACAAACCUCGCUGUAAUCAUACCAUGGGAGACUACAAAAGAUCUCUAGAUGGUUGGGUUAUUAACUGUACAUUAGGAGUGUCCCCUGCUGUCCUUGAUCGAUAUAUUGUUUGUUUGAUUGGUAGUAAAUGUUCAGAAGUGUCCUGUUGUGUCAAUGACCCUGAGACUAUGAGUGACUUCAAUGCCUACCUUAGUCUAGACCCCUGCGAAUUCACCUUACUGGUUGGAGUAGAGAAAUAUAGUUUUGAAGUAUCUCUAAUUGAUUUUGACUUUGGUGAGUAUGACAGAACGUUCUAUAUUUUAUAGUUGAUUUUAUAGUAUGCAUCACAUACAUCAGGGGGUAGGGAAAUCUGUAGGCGAUUUAAUAGCAGACAGGGGUGUUUCAUGUCUGCUUGUAGGUUUGAGCAUGUAUGCGCUGUACCUGGUUGUGCUAACAAACAUCCUGCCCACACUCAUUCUUAACGAAACCUUGCAAAAAACCAGGAAUAAUGGUAAAGUCUUUGCGUGACCUAAAUCUGUCAGUAUGAGAAAAAGAAAUUCAAGAUGAUUUUGAUAAAGAUUUCAUUUUACAUGGCAUUCAAUUUGGAGUCGAUAUAGUAGAGUCUUUAGACAUUCCUCCCAAAGUUCAGGCAAAAAAUCAUCCAUCUGCUAUGCCUUCAAGUCCUCUUUAUAGUAAAGCUCAUGAUCAGAUUUUGGUAGAAAUUGAAAAUGGCAAUUAUGUUUUUGCAACAACAACCCCAAAAAUAAUAAUUCCACUUGGUGUAAUUUCCAAACCAGAGGGAGGUGUUAGGCUUAUUCAUGAUUUUAGUAGGCCUGCAGGCAGAGCAGUUAAUGAUUUUGCGGGGGAAAUUUCAAAACAAAAAUUUCAGACUAUUGAGGAUGCUAUUAAACUUGUAACCCCCAACUGUUACAUGUCAAAAAUGGACUUGAAGUCCGCGUAUAGAUCUGUUAAAAUAAGUGAAGCAAGUCAAAAAGUCACAGGCUUUUUGAUGGAUUUUUCCUAAUGGGAAAGAAUACACAUUAUUUGAUCGCAAAAUCCCAUUUGGCUCAAAAUUAGCCCCUAGUAUCUUUCAUCGUUUGUCUCAGGCUGUAAGACGUAUGAUGUCAUGCAGAGGUUUUACCACUGUUGCUUACUUAUAUGAUUUUUUCAUCUGCAAGAAAACUAAAUCACGCUGCAGGGAAGGUAUGAAUUUACUUAUUACCUUGCUAAGGGUAUUAGGGUUUUCUAUAAGUUGGUCAAAGGUUGGUGAUACAUGUCAACAACUUACUUUUCUGGGUGUUGAAAUAGAUUCAUCCAAAAUGGAAGUUCGACUUCCAAGUAAAAAGCUAGCAGAGCUAAAAGCGGAUUUAGCUGACUUUUCAAAGCGUGCACAUGCGACAAAAAAGCAUUUAGCAAUCCCUUGCAGGGAAAUUAAAUUGGUCUUCUGCAGUGGUACGUGGCAGAAGAGUUUUUCUUCGGCGUAUCAUAAAUAGCAUUACACGAUUAAAGCGAGACUGCCAUAAGUCGAAUCUUAAAGGUGAUAUUGCGGAUGACAUUCUUUGGUGGCAUAAUUUUAUGUCCACUUUUAACGGGAAAUCUCUAAUUUUGGACCGGUGACCACUGACAGUGACCACUGACAUCUGUUGCAACAGAUGCAUGAAGAUCAGUAGCUGGUGGCUUUUAUGAAAAUGAUUGGUUUUAUGUUAACUUGGGAACAGAUUUUACCUUUGCUUCUAAUUUGCAUAUAAAUGAGUUGGAAGCAUUUUCUAUAUAACCAAAUUAAAAACACUACCUACUCAACAUAAUUUUAAAUUAAUUAAAAAAUAAAUUGCCUAAAUUAUGCAAUUUGAAGAACCUGCAGUAGAGCUCUGACAGGU